AUGAUUGUCACAAUGAUACCCACCAGAAACUCAAUUCGAGACCUAGUUUUCUCUGUUGCCAAAUAUUCGGAGUUUAUUGGCGUCGUGCUGACCGCUGUGAUAUUCGUCGUUCUCUUCAACUGUCCCAUCUGGCUUGCCCUGGUGAUCAUCGAAAAUGAGUGGAGUUUUGCCGCAAUUGAUCCAAGUGAUCCCAAAGAGUUUUGGUAUCAGAUUAUUGCUAUAUAUCACUCGUCGAAGCUCACGCUACUCAUAUUAUGCUCUUUAAUGGCUUUGGUUGCUGUUUAUUUCUCCACACAAAACAACCGGCUUUCGACUGGAAUACGUAUGCUGGUUGUCGCUGAGCAUUCAAUGUGGAUUUUCUUCUGUAUUUGUGUCUUGUACGUUGACGGGUGUGCUGGCACUGUUUUUAGCUCAAUUCAGUGUACAAGCAAUUUCACGACAACUUUGGCAAAUGAUAUAUCGUUUUCUUUGAACUAUGUUGUCGAUUUUGCUAGAUACUGUCAGUUUGGUAUCUCAUUGAGUCGUUUCCUGGCUGUUUCCUUUGACGGUUUCUACUUUCAGUACACUUUAAAAAAGCCAUUACUUCAAUUGGUCUCUCCUUUUAUUUUGCGUAUCAUUCUUGGUUUGAUUUAUCAAUUUGCUUCACCCGCUUUGCAAGAUUUUAUCGACAGAAAUCUUUUGUGUUUCCCGUUUAUGCUCACCUAUUCUCUCGAUAUUUUCACAAAUCGAAAGAUGAAAAUCUUGGGCCAAAGUGGGAAAGUCUCGCACGUCGAUGUACUGCUUUUGAAACAGAUGCUAUCGAGUACUAUUCUAAACGUGACCGAGGUGUGCUUUAUUGUGAUAUUCCAAUUGAGUGCUCUUCUCUUCUUCGUUCCUUCAGUCUAUGAUCCCAAUGAUCAUUCGGUUCCAUUCAUCAUGUACAUUUUUGUUGGGUUCAGCUUUUUAACGAGCACAACGACAGCCCAUUUCCUUCGAAAACGUCAAGAUGAGGCGCCAUCGAGAGAAGUUCGAACGGCAACUAGU